UAAUAAUUUCAUAAUUAUUUCAGAAUUGGCGUUGUAUCUUGCUAUGGCAACAGCACUUCGUGAAAAAUUGGAUAUUGAACAGUUGGAAUGGACACCUGAGGAAGAAUUGCAACUAUUUCUGGCAAUGGAGGGUACAAGACCGGUUGGUAUAAAUAAACACUUCUAUAUGGCGUGUAUCGUGGAGAGAUUGUCGAAGUCUCUGCAACGCGAGAUUGGUAGCGAAUCCGUCUGGUACCAUCUUCGUACUAUGUACAACCUUAAGGCGCUGGAUGAACUGGAAUCAGUAGCAUUACUUAACGAUGAGAGUGAUUUCUGUUUGCCUGAAUCAGACUUUAGUAUUCUCAUCGCCAAGCGUCGGCAGGAAGAUGCCGAACGAAAUGUUGCAUUAGCAAUAAACGAACAGGAUUUAAGAAAGCAAGAUGCAAAAAUGGAGGCCUCAAUUGUGAAACCUGUGUCCAAAAUUGUUGUACCUGCAAGAGAUGUCAAGGAUUUGGAAAAGGACGAAACAAAAGAUCGUGAUUCAGGGCCCAUUAAAAUUAAGGCCAAAACUAUCGAUAAUGUUUGUGGCAAUGAUGGAGGACCGAAACGAGCACAAAAACGAACACGUGGUUCUAUGUCCAACGAUCCGAUCCAUUCUAAUAAUACUAGCCCUGCAAACACACCACCAAACGGGCCAAAUACAAAGCGGCGACGCAUUUAGUAUCAAUCAAUUUUAUCACGCAAAACAUUGAAGUCGAUGUCUAUCUCUAUAGUUUUGUCUCACAAUAAUACUGUGGGGGAUUUAGUUACAUUAUUCUAAAAUUAUUCACAUUAACAUAAACAUCCACAUUAACGAAUGACCAUCUCAGAAACAAUUGUUGAAAAAAGUGUAUUUUUACACUUGAAAACCUCACUUCAAACUAUAAAAGAUUUCAAAAUAAUAUUAAAAAUUUUAUAGAAUUAAAUGUAGCGCAUCGUAUCGUAAUCUAGCGUAAUUAUCUUUAAUAAUACAUAAAGUU